CGGAGUCAAUAAGCCACGUCCGCCGCCGCCGCUGUCAACGAGAUUGUGGUGUCUCAGUGAUGGCCUUGCUAGCGCUGACUCACUCAGCCCCUGCCUGACGUGCUGGAAUCUGCCUGUUAAAAACCCGCAACUUGGAAGCUCAACAGUCGGAUCAUGGUGCCAGGUUUCAGAAUUGGCCCGGUUUCCUGAAGCUUCUUUAUGUCUGUUUAAUGGCUCGUUGCGAGAAGACCUUUACUGUAUAAUUACUGUCCGCUUCCCAACGUCGUGGAAUGAUGGAAACCCCGACCCAUGGUCAGGCAGUCCUGUUGGAGAACAUACCGAACGGGAAUACAGACCAGCUUCCCACUGACGCAGCCGGGCCCAGGGCAUCUACCACAGAGCCUGUGAUGAAUGGUGCCUAUGAGAACAGUACUGGUAAACCUCCAAAGAGUGGACCAGCCAUGGACAACAAUCCCAGCAGUAUCUCAGGCAGAGAUGAGGGCAAGAUUGACCAGCAGUGUUCCCGUGUUGGUGUUGGUGGUGAAGGAGACGGUUGUCAGAAUGGAGCGAAGUCUGUAUUAGGCUCCGCGGGGCCCUCUGACAUUGCCCAGGCUGUCUCUCACUCACCAGAACCUCAGCCCCCAGAGAGCAGAGCAGAGCUGGCUUCCCACGACACCUCUCAGUCGUCUCAGGGGCCGAUAUCUAAGCUGUAUGUUCCCAAAUGUGAAGCUUUGCAGUCGCUCAGGCUAAGCCUUCCUUUACAAGAGACGGACAUGUGCGUUGUGGACCCGCCCUUGAGGGAAGAAAACGAAGAACAGAUCCGCCGGCAUGCUCGACGGCGACUUGAGGAGCAGCUGAAACAGUACAGAGUGGAACGUCACCAGGAGAGGUCUAAGCAAUCAACGCCAAAACAUCGUCCCACCAGCACUUUGGACCCAGAGCUGAUGUUCCAUCCGGAAAUCCUGCCACGUGCCAGUACUUUGGCUCUGACUAAGGAAUACUCCUUUAUGAGGACCAGUGUCCCACGAGGGCCCAAGGUGGGGAGCCUGGGAGUCCUCACCACAUCCAGAGCUAUAAAGAAUUCCAAAUCCAGCAAAAUCCGCUCACUGGCAGAUUACAAAACUGAGGUCUCGGAGCCCGGGAGUGGGGCAGGUGGGACAUCCAGUGUGGAGAGCUCAUCAGGAACCCUUCAGCAGAACAGGACUGGCUCCUCCACCUCAGUGAUUUCCCAAAUGGGUUUCACACUGGACAACAAGGACAGAUUGGAGACUCUGUCCAAUGUGGAGGACAGCAGUUCUGAAGUGGACGGCAGCGAGGCAGGGUCGCGGCAGGAUGAUAGCGAAGCUGAAGGUUAUGAGAUCACCUCGGGCCCUCCUGUUUCUCUACUCUCAGUGGACUCCAGGCUGAAGGCCGUGUACACUGUUGAUGGGCGAGAGAUCUCAGCUGAGGCUCUGGGGCAGUUUCCCUCUAUCGGGGAGGUGCUGAAAGCCGCAGCAGAAGAGCAGCAGAGUGAGGACCAGGGGCUGAAUGGGGAGGUCCGCAGCCGCAGAGACAGCAUUUCCAGCAGUGUCUCUGUGGGAAGCUCGUUGCUGGGGACCCACGAUGACGUGAUGCAGAUUCUAAAGGAGAAAAUGCGGCUCGAAGGCCAGUUGGAAUCGCUGACGUCUGAGGCCGAUCAGGCUUUGAAAGAGAAGACAGAAUUGCAGGCCCAAAUAGCAGCUUUGAACGCACAGCUGCAGGCCCAGGAUGAACAGCGAGUGCUGAGUGAGCAGAAACAUGGCUCACUGAAUGUGGAAGUGAGCUCCUUACAGCAAACCUGCAGCGGCCUGGAGCAAACAGUGACUGAGCUGCAGACUCACCUGGAGACUAAGAACGCCAGUGUGAUCGGCCUCAGCAAUGAUCUACAACUGGCUGAGGAGCAGUACCAGAGGCUGAUUGGGAAGGUGGAGGAAAUGCGACGAGCUGUCACUAGCAGAGACAGUACAGUCCAUGAUCUUCGGCUACAAAUGACCACCCUGCAGAGCCAGCUCCAGCAGGCACAGUGGGACCGCACCGCCCUCAGCAGCCAGCUCAAGGCAUCGCAGUCUGAGAUCCUCUCCCUGCAGCAGGUCAGGCUGUGGUACCAGCAGCAGCUGGCAUUGGCGCAAGAGGCACGAGUCCGGCUACAAGGCGAAAUGGCAACCAUGCAGGCUGGUCACAUGACCCAGGCGAGCACGGUGGAGCACCUGAAGAUGGAGAAUGUCUCGCUGUUCCAGCAGCUCACAGAAACCCAGCAGAAAUCCAUCAAAGAGAAGGAGCGCAUCGCUGUCCACCUGCAAAACAUCGAGGUGGACAUGUUGGACCAGGAGAAGGCUUUCCAGCAGAUCCAAGAGGCCAAGGUGAUGGUGGAAGAUGAUCUAACACAAAAGCUUGAAGAAUUUGAAGAAGAGCGAGAGCAUCUUCAGAAGCUCACUCACUCUGCUACAGCAUUGGAGAGGGAGCUGGAGGCGGCCAGGCUAAAUCUGAAACAGCGAGAGCUCCAGCUGGAAGCUUUACAUCAGGAACAGUUGGACCUAAUGAAGCAGCUGACCUUAGCCCAGGAGGCCCUGCACACCAAGAAGCAAGGGCUAAGCGAGUUGCAGGCACGAUACGAUGGGUUGGAAGCGCAGCUGGAAGAGGCCCAGAGUGAUGGCAGUGCCAAAGACGAGUUGAUCCAGAGCUUACAGCAGGAGAAGAUUGUGCUGGAGGUGGCCCUGCACGCAGGGCAGACUGAUCAGGAGGUGCAGCUGAGAGGAGCCCAGUCCCUGGAGGAGGGCACGGCACUGGCCUCCGAGAUGUUGGAGCAGCUUCAGCAGGAGAUCGCUGUGAAGACCAGCCAGGUGAAGAGUAUGCAGCAGGAAAACACGAGCUUUAAGAAACAGUCUCAGAAACUGAAAGAGCAACUUGUUCAGCAGAAGGUGAUGGUGGAGGCCUAUCGACGAGAUGCCACCUCGAAAGAUCAGUUGAUCAGCGAGUUAAAAUCCACCAAGAAGAGGCUGGAAUGCGAGGUGAAGGAGUGCAAACAGGAACUGCUCCAGCUGAAAACAGAGGCCAAGUCAGCGGGGAAUGAGCAGACUCGCCUACACAGGGACCUCUCCCGUGUUCAGCACGACAUGGCUGAAGUCGAAGCUCACCUGGAGCUGGCUCUGAAAGAUCGGGAUGAGCUGGAAACUGAGCUCCAGUCGGUGAAGUUUGACAGAAGCCAGCUCAGCUCGCUGUCCCAGGAGAACGAGACACUGAGGAAGGAGGUGGAGGAGUUGCAGGUGGAAGCUAAAAGAGGCAUCUCAGAGCAAAAGGUCCGGAUGAAGAAGCUGGGCACGGACCUGACCAGCGCCCAGAGAGACAUGAAAGCCAAACACAAGGCCUACGAGAACGCGGUGGGGAUCCUCAGCCGCCGGCUACAGGAAGCCCUGACCAGCAAGGAGUCGGCCGAGGCUGAGCUGAGCAAACUGAGAGCCCAGGUGGCCGAGGGGGGGAACGAGAUUGUUCUGCAGGAACGGAUUCAGGCUUUGCUGUCGGAGCUGCAGGCAGUGUCCCAGAGCAAAGCCUUGCUGGAGAAAGAGCUGCAGGAAGUGAUCUCCCUCACCAGCCAGCAGCUGGAGGACUACAGAGAGAAGGUUCUAGAACUGGAGGACGAGCUUCAGGAGGCCAGAGGAUUCCGGAAGAAGAUCCGCCGUUUGGAGGAAGCUAAUAAAAAGCUGUCUCUGGAGCUGGAGCACGAGCGGGGGAAGCUGUCCGGCCUCAGCCUGUCUCACGCCGCCCUGAAGGAGCACACCAGCAUCCUGGAGACUGCCCUGGCCAAGAGGGAGGCCGACUUAGUGCAGCUGAACCUGCAGGUACAAGCUGUGCUGAAGCGCAAGGAGGAGGAGGACCAGCAGAUGAAGCGCCUGGUUCAUGCCUUACAGUCUGCGUUAGAAAGGGAGAGGGGAAACGUUAAGGAGCUGAAACAGCAGGUAUCAGCAGCCAAAGCCGAGGCUGGUCACAACCGGCGUCACUACCGAGCGGCGGCGCUGGAGCUCAGUGAGGUGAAGAAGGAACUGCAGGGCAAAGAGCAGCUGGUGAGAGCUCUCCAGGCCGAAGCCGACAAACUCCAGAACCAGGAAGGGAAACAUUCUCAGGAGGUGGCGGAAUUCCAGGAAGAACUGGCCGCGACCCGGACCCAGCUUCAGCUCCUGCAGAAACAGCUGGACGAAGAACUUAACAAACAGCCAGCAGCCAACCAGGAGGUGGAAGACUUGAAAUGGGAGGUGGAGCAGAAGGAACGAGAGCUACAAGCCAUAAGGCAACAGUUGUCCUUGACAGAGCAGCGAAGUCAGAAGGAACUGGAGGGUCUACAGGACACUCUGCAGGGGAUCAAGGCUAAUCUGGAGGACCUGCAGGAGGAGUUGACGGUGACUCGUAAAGACAAGUUCCUGCUCCAGACCAAGGUGACAGAGCUGAGAAACGGCAUGAAGACAUUGCUGCAGCAAAACCAGCAGCUAAAGGUGGACCUCAAGCAGACCAGAACCCGCAAGCGGAUGGAGAUAAAAGGUGACAUUGUUUCAUCGACCCCCGUGACGCCGGUUAAGAUCCCUGACUGCCCUGUACCUGCCGCCCUGCUGGAGGAGCUGCUCAGACCACAGGUCGUCAGCAAGGAGCCUCUUAACAACCUUCACACCUGUUUGAAGCAGCUCAGGCAAGAGAUGGAUAGUUUACAACGGCAGAUGGAGGAGCACACGGUCACCGUGCACCAGUCCAUGUCCUCGUGGACACAGAUCGAGGGACAGUUCAUGGAACUGACUGUGGACGGCUCCGCCCUGGGGUUGGAAGAGCAUCCUGGAGCCUCCAGAGAAAACCAGUUCAACAACAAUACAGCAACACCAAAUAGCAACCUAACUGGUGGGAACAGUCAAGAGUGAGUGAGUGAAGAGAUUCUCCAGCAGGGCGAGUAGCACUAUGCUGACCUUGGGCACCAACACUGAUGGGCUGGAAAGUUUCCAAACUGCCAAGGCUUCAACCACCUCCCCCGUGGGUUUGUUAACUAAGUGGUUGAGGUGUUUGCACCACUGUUUGUCAUGGGUUUGACUGCCUUGGCAGCAGGAUUUGUAUAGAGAGAGGAAUGUACAUGAAGACUUCCCUUUGGGAAAAGAGAAGGAAAGAUUGGGGCCAACUUGGUAACAUUUCACUUGGUCUUUUUCCGUUGUCUAAGAGGCACUGAUCAUCCAGGUGGGUGUGGGGGGAAAUGAUAAAUAAUAAUUUGUUGGGGAAUUUCUACCAUAAGUGAACAUUAAUACAGGUGAUUCACUUCGAUUUAGCAGAGGUUUAAACAACAAAAUUAGACCAUAUCACCAUCCUAAUUUAUUUGUGAAAAUAAUAACCUUUUACUUUUUGAAAGUUGCAAAUCUUUAUUAUGAUUGUUUUGUUUCCCUUAUUAUUGAGAUCUAUAUUGAAAAUUGUUUUGUGAUUCGGCACAGACGUGAUAUGUUUCUAUUAGACUUUCUCUGUUUGGCCUUCAGGAGAAGAAGAGACAGUCAUUGACUUGAACUUUCAAGUAUUUCCCGAAAGGUGAUUCCCUUUCAUCAGUAAUGUAGAGUAGUCUUGGUAACAAACACAUCUAAAGUACCUCAAACAGCUUUGACUGCAGUCAGAGUUAGUGCACUACAUUUCCUGCUUUGAUCUUAGAAUCCUCUCUAUUUUACCUGGGGGAGAGCUUGCUCAGUACUUAUCACUCAUUGCUAAGUUUAAUAUUUCAGGGGGGAGUUUCUGUGUUUUUUUUCUUGUUGAUAAUCUACAGCAGAGUGGUCCAACUGACAGCCGGGCCGAUCUCAAACAGCCUGCCCUCCCCACCACCCUCCCCACCUCCCUUGACUCGCAAGCGAAUA